GGGCCGCUGCGAGGCGCGCGCAGGCGCACGGGGCUGCUGCGAUGGCGUUGCCUGGCUCGCUGAACAGGUAUCUGCUGCUCAUGGCGCAGGAGCACCUGGAGUUCCGCCUGCCGGAAAUAAAAUCUUUGCUUUCACUUUUUGGAGGCCAGUUCACCAGCAGUCAGGAAACUUAUGGAAAGUCUCCAUUCUGGAUUCUUAGCAUUCCCUCUGAAGAAAUUGCAAGAAAUCUAAUGAAACGGACAGUGUGUGCCAAGUCUAUAUUUGAACUAUGGGGUCAUGGAAAAUCUCCUGAGGAGCUGUAUACUUCUCUUAAAAAUUAUCCUGUGGAGAAGAUGGUUCCAUUUCUACAUUCAGACUCUACAUAUAAAAUAAAGAUUCAUACAUUUAAUAAGACAUUGACACAAGAAGAAAAAGUCAAGCGAAUUGAUGCACUUGAAUUUCUACCAUUUGAAGGCAAAGUGAACUUAAAGAAACCACAACAUACAUUCUCUAUUUUGGAGGAUUAUGGUUUGGACCCAAACUGCAUCCCUGAGCAUCCAUAUAAUAUAUAUUUUGGUAGAUGGAUUGCAGAUGGACAAAGAGAGCUAAUUGAGUCAUAUAGCGUCAAAAAGAGACAUUUUAUUGGAAAUACAAGUAUGGAUGCUGGUUUGUCAUUCAUCAUGGCCAACCAUGGAAAAGUGAAAAAAAAUGAUGUUGUCUUUGAUCCAUUUGUUGGAACAGGUGGCCUUUUGAUAGCAUCUGCUCAUUUUGGUGCAUAUGUGUAUGGGACAGACAUAGACUACAACACGGUGCAUGGCUUGGGAAAGGCAAGCCGGAAAAACCAGAAAUGGAGAGGACCAGAUGAAAACAUCAGGGCGAAUCUUCGUCAGUAUGGUUUGGAGAAGUAUUAUCUUGAUGUCCUGGUUUCAGAUGCAUCUAAGCCUUCCUGGAGAAAGGGCACAUAUUUUGAUGUAAUUCUCACUGAUCCUCCAUAUGGUAUCAGAGAAUCAACAAGAAGAACAGGGUCACAGAAGGAAGUACCAAAGGGGAUAGAAAAAUGUCCAGAAAGCCAUGUUCCUGUUUCCUUGAGUUAUCACCUGAGUGAUAUGUUUUUUGACCUGUUAAACUUCGCAGCCGAGACCCUUGUAUUAGGUGGAAGACUAGUCUAUUGGUUACCAGUGUACACACCAGAAUACACAGAAGAGAUGGUGCCUGGGCACCCCUGCCUGAAACUCAUCAGCAAUUGUGAACAGAAGCUUUCUAGUCACACAUCCAGGCGCUUGAUCACCAUGGAGAAGGUGAAGGAGUUUGAGAACCGGGACCAGUAUUCACACCUGCUAAAUGAUUGCUUUCUGCCAUACCAAGGUCAUAAUUCCUUCCGUGAGAAAUAUUUUAGCGGUGUAACAAAAAGAAUUGCCAAGGAAGAAAAAUCCAACCAGGAAUGAAAAAUGAAGAUUUUGAUAAUAAAGAUUAAACAUUUGAUAGAAAAGACAUCUAGAUGUGAACUUUCUUGUGUGAUUCUGAAAACAGGCUGUUUUAAGUUUUUUGUAUAAAAAGCAAGUGCUUUAAAGCAAAUUGAGCAGCUUUGUUUUAUACAUUGUUCUGUUGUAGUUGUUAAAAGGCCCUUUGAUUAACAUUAUGUAUUUUUGAGUAUUAAUGUUACGUGACCUAACUUGUAUAUUUUUUACAAUCUACAAAAAAAUUGUUGACUUUAACCAUAUCUGUCAUAUAUCUAGUAGGCAAUUAAUGGUUAAGGUCAGCCUGGGCUUGAGCAAGACCCUACCUCAAAAAACAAAAAAUUUAAAUAAAAAAAGAAUUUUAUUCAUUUGAUAAGUUUUAGUUUGGCUAAGUUGCCAUUGGCUUACAUUGUCACUAAUAAACUAUGUUAGAAUCUUUUAAA